GAAGUUGCUGUGAGGUUUCCGAUUCCAACAUUCUUCGCUCCUGCGUCAGUUGUUCUGAUCCUGGUCCGUAUUAAUAUUGUUCGGAGGUUAAGACAGACAGCCGCAUUCCAGUUUAAAGGCCUACAGCCACACGAAGAUGUUUCUACUUAAAAAAGUUGUAGGUGGCUUGGUUGACGUUGUCAGCAACAUCGAUCCAAAUCAGUUUGUGCCCUCAGAUCCUCCUCCUCCACGCAGGCCUGUUUAUGCAGAGCAGCAUGAGAGUGAUGAGGAGAAGCAGUUUCGCAGAGUGUUUAAGCAACUUGCAGGAGAUGACAUGGAGGUGAGCCCUAAUGAGCUAAUGAACAUCCUGAACAAGAUCAUCACCAAGCAUGGAGACCUGAAGACGGAUGGUUUUUCCAUAGAGUCCUGCAGAAGCAUGGUGGCUGUCAUGGAUUCGGACAGCACUGGGAAACUAGGCUUCCAUGAAUUCAAACAGCUCUGGAACAACAUAAAGAAGUGGCAGGGUGUGUAUAAGAGCUAUGACACAGACGGCUCAGGUGUGAUAGGUGCGGAUGAGCUGCCCAACGCCUUCAGAGCUGCUGGCUUCCCUCUCAAUGACCACCUGUUCCAGAUGAUCAUCCGUAGAUACAGUGAUGAAAACGGCAACAUGGAUUUUGACAACUACAUUGGCUGCCUUGUCAGGCUAGAUGCCAUGUGCCGUGCCUUCCAAACCCUGGACAAGGAUAAAAAUGGGACCAUCAAGAUCAAUGUUCAGGAGUGGCUUCAGUUGACCAUGUACUCCUGAGUCAUAGUGAAGCUGCCUUCCUCCUUCUCAUCGGCCUGUUUUAUGAAAUGUCUCCUCUUAUCUAAGCUUCUCUCAUAUUUUCUCUUUAAUCCCCAAAGCUCCCUGUGUUUCUCAGAAGUUACUCGAACAUACAUAUAGGUCAAAUGUGCAAACUGCAGAAAGAGCAGAAUGAUCCCCACAGCUGACAAGGUUGGUUCUGGUAGGACUAAAUAGGUCCGAGGCUAACCAGUGUCAUCGGGGGGACUAGUUUGCUUUGAACUAGCGUCACACCAUUGAACCAAAGUAGAGCAGGCAGAGGCCGUUGUAAUUGGGACUGACAGGUCCAGUGAUUGGACUGAGGGAUGCUAUGUAUGUUGCUGUUAUGUUCUGAAAAAUUUAAAUAUUACAGAAAAUGGGAAAAUUUUUUCUUAAACUCUACAAAUGUGUUUUAUUUUUUUCUCCACUUGAGAACAAUCAAAUUUUGUUGUUACUGUUAAACCAAAAUGAUGUCACUGGUGCCUCUGAGUGAAAGGAUGUUCUCUGGGUCACGUGGUUUGCUGUAAUGGCUCCUUCCAGCUGUUUGAAUUCUUCUCUUCUCUGGUCUCAGUACUGAGGUGCAGGCAUUCAGAGCCAGUCUGCCUGGAAAGGUCUGCAGGAACCACAAAUCGGUUCAGAGUAAAUUGGAAAUUGAUUUGGAAAGUAAAAGCUUUUAAUCUUUGCUAGAAUGAACUUUGGAGAAUUAGUAAAUGUAGAUAAAGGGAACAAAUUGUUAAAAAUGCUUUAAUCCACCCUACAGCUCAUACAUGGAGCUGAGCAUUAGAACCCCAAAAAACCUUUGUCUAAAAUGACCCACGAAAUGACAGAGAAAUUUGUUUUAUUCAGGUCAGAAGGCCUGUCGUCUCCAGAAGCUGUUUAAAUGUCCGUUCUGCUAUUACAGCGUACUAUUUCAGUUUACUCGUUUAUAACUGUGGUACUCUCUCUGCACCAGGGUUUUAUGAAUUAUGUGCCUCUAAUAAAUGCCACUGAUAUGGAAAUGGUUGAUGCUCAUUUAACUGUUACUCAAAAGCUUUGGUCAAAAUAAAUGCCUGUGCCAUGUUUGGUAUAAA